AUGUCCCUCCUAAGAAUCUCAACAAGAUCGGUACAUCACAAACUACCACCUGCCAAAUACCCAAAAGUCAAGACAGACUCAGUCGAGCUUAAUCCGCCCAAAUAUGGUUUCCGCAGAAUAAGACCGCCAAUUUUGGCUCAAUCACCAACGACAACUUUAUUCCCCAACUCAGAAUUGGCCAAGCUAUACGUUGAACAUGGCAAGCCAAUACCUAACCGAUUUAUUAGUCAAACCGAUUCAGAAAGAGCUCGUGAUCAAUUUGAAAAGUUCCAACAAGAUUUAGCCAUGGAAGAGCCUCAUUUCACUCAGGGUGAGAAUAAAGUGUACUUGCCCGGUGGUAGGGUUUGUCUCUUGCGUCCAAAUGCCAAGCACACUCCGUAUCAAGCCAAGUUUUUGGUGCCCAAGUCCAUGAAUAAAAUGGAUUUACGAGAUUACUUGUGGAACAUCUAUGGGUUAAGGGCAUUAAACAUCACGGUACAGUUACAACCAGCCAAAUGGACAAGAAAUAUAAACGAUUUGGCUAGAUAUAGGGUGCCUCAAUUGAAGAAAAUGACCAUCGAUAUGGCUGAGCCUUUUAUUUGGCCAGAAGUUCCGCAAAAGAAGAUUGAUGAUUUGAAGUUGCAACAAACAAAUAGUGAAGAAAUUGUUAAACAUAAUAUGGCUUCUGGUGCUGAUAAGAAUAAACCUUUGGAGGCUUAUGAUGGAUUAUUUGAUGAGCCAAGUAAAGUUGAACGGUUUAUUCCUAAACUGGCCAAAAAAGGAGGAAAGAAGUUUGAGGGGUUGAACCCAGCACGUAGUCAAGUAUCCAGCUACUUGGGAUUGUAA